CCUGUGUUGUGUGUGUCUCUCCGCCACCCUUAAUGGUGGUACAUUCAGGAGAAAAUGUCACCCUGCAAUGCAUCAAUGUCCUUAAAAAACCCGGGCAAGUCGGCUGGUUCAAGCAAGUCAACGGCUCAGAGCCGCUGUGCAUCACGUCUAUGUGGAGCUCCUUGCCAACUGUUCAUCAUCAAAAUGGAUUUCAGGGCAAUCAUAUGAAAAUGGUCAUGACCAAUAUAACUAUCUUUCUCACAAUCACAGAGGUGGAUGUAGCUGAUUCUGGUCUGUACUUCUGUGGAAUGUCGGAUAACUAUUUCAUCUUCACCAACGCAACUGUCCUGAAAGUCCAAGAUUAUGACAAGGACUCUACAGAGCUCUAUGGAGAAGAGGAAGAUGGAACCAUGAACCUCUUCCUACUGGUUGUAAUCCUGGGUGUUGUAACAGCUGUUAUAUUGAUAAUCAUCCUCAUCCUGGUCCUCAAGGUCAGACGAGAUGCAAACAGACUAAACACAGGACCUGACUCGCAACAACAACUACAAAAUGAUCAGAACCAAGAUCCUGAUGCACUGAAUUAUGCUGCCCUGAAUUUCACCUCCAAGAAAAAGGAGAGAAGAGGAGAGAAGGAGCUGGACCCCCAUGUAGUGUAUGCUGCUACAAGAUGACAAAGUGGAGGAUGGAGAGGAGGACAAGUGGUUUGCCAUAUCUUUGAAUACAAGUUUAAAUCUUCCUUUAUUGUAUGUGUAGUUAAAUCAAAUGUAUUGAAUGUAAAUCAGUAAAUAUCUCUGUAGUUUCUGUACAUUGUACCUCAGGGCCUCUGUAGCCCUCUUCCACUCUGUUAGGCCACACAGUUCAGUGGCACAGGGGUGGUUAGAGAGAGGGAGUUAGACUCAAACCACAACUGUGUAAUGGCCACAGAGGAGUAGUUGCCUCUUUGGCCUCUCUUAGCUUAGUUCUCUGUUGUGUUUAUUAGUGAUUUGGUUAUUUUUUAAUAAAUUGGUCGUAAAGGACAAAGUACCCAGCAUUGGACAAUUGUAUUACAUUGAUUACUUAAUAAAAAUGAGAGUUUAAGCAAAACUGUCAAA